AUGUCUUCAGCGAAUAGUCAAGUGAAUAUUUCUUCCUCGGAGGAUAAUUUUCCACCGCUAUGUGCUACUCCGGAUCAAAAUGGCGAGGCCGACGAGCCUUCCUCGUGGAGUGAGAUCAUUGAAAGUGUCGACAAAAUGGAUAUCAGUACCCCUGCAAACAACACGGAUAAUGUGAUUUCGCGAAACGAAUUGCUGAAAUUUUUGCGUAAUGUUGAUUGCUUUAAUCCUACAGAUAUGAAUGUGAUGAAAAAGCGUGUCAAUAUUAAUGUGCAUUUAUCUAAAAAGUUAGAUCAAGCUCAUGCAGAUGCCGUUCUUAAAUUCUAUGGUGUACGUCUUGAAAAGCUACAGUCGGCUAUGCAACGUGAUAAUGGUUUACUUGAUUCACCUGUGUGUGUACUUGAUGAAAGUUCUUGUGAUGUUAAUACUAAUGUUAGCAAAACUGCUAAGCAUAAACGAAAAAAUUCAGCUGAACAUGCUGAUAAGAAUAAUGAUGGAUUCCAAAAACUAACUAAAACGGCCAAAGGUGUUAGGCUGACUCAGCCCCAGGCCAUACUGCCCUUGCAAAAUAAAUUUGCAAAUCUAUCUGUGCAAAAUGCUAAUUCUAAUAAUAAUAUACAGAGUAAUAAUGUAUGUUAUGAUCAUGUAAAUGCUUGCAUAGAAAAUGUUGUUAAUAAUGUAAAUGACUCUAAUUUAAAUUUGCCUAACAAGAAUGUUGCAAAUGUAAAUAUGCCAAAUAAUAAUGCAAAUAUGGAUACUACUGCUGGUCAUGUAAAUCCCCAAACAGGAAACCCACAUCCGCAGUUUGAUAAUCAAACCACCCCCUAUUAUGGUCAGGCCCAAAGUGGGCACUAA